GCCCCGCUCGCGAACUGAUGCUGACAGACGCGCGGUCAUCAUGCAAAGGUUACAUACUGCUAGAUUCAGCGAAGUACACGAAGAAGGCGCAGUGCAGAAUUAGCUAUCUAAAAAUACGGAAUUUGUGCACAAAAAUGCACAAAAACGACACCGGCGAGGCUCUGUAGCAGGUGUCACACGAUGGAUGCAUGUUUGGCACAUCGGAUUUUCACUGACGUUGGUGUGUGUGCUCGCUCCACUCGACAGUAAAGUGGCUUCAUGAGUGUCCAAAGUAACAGUGGAAGUGGUGGAAGUUUGGAGGCGACGCCAUCUUGGUCGCAGCUCUCCUCGUCCCCAACGAUUUCUCAACAACAUACAACGGCGACCGUCAAGACCAAGGAAGGCCCCAUGGAGGAACUGCACAGCCUGGACCCCCGCAGACAGGAGCUUCUGGAGGCAAGGUUCAUGGGAGCGGUCAGUGGAAACACAGGAGGCAGCACUGGGAGUGCCAGUGGAGGAGCUAAGGGCCUGGCCAACGAGUGCUCCAACCACAGCUAUGGCAGUCUUGGUUCCUCCAGUGACAAAGAGUCAGAGAACUCUGAUUUGAAGAGAGGGAGUUCUCCUGCCUACUCAACCCCAGAGAAGAAGCACUCUGAGUCGUCCAGAGGAAGGAAGAGGAAAGCUGACACCCAAUCAGAGAGCAGCCAAGGGAAGACUUCCACACGUGGACCAAAGAUCAGUGACUACUUUGACCUCCAGGCAGGGAAUGGUUCCAGUCCCGUGAGGGGUCUGCUACCUGCCCUCCGCUCCCCUCAGAACUCACACUCUCACUCUGCUCCUGGCUCUAUCGUCAGACAGAACAGCUCUUCUCCAACCAGUCUGAGUUUUGGAGAACAUCUAAUGAACCCCAAAGCCUCCUCCAGCAAAUGUGUACAGACUGAGCUGACAGGUCUGAAACUGGCAGCUCUGGAGAGCAACAAGAGUCUGGAUCUGGAGAAGAAGGAGGGGCGCAUUGAUGACCUGCUCAGGGCUAACUGUGAUCUCAGAAGGCAGAUCGAUGAGCAGCAAAAACUACUAGAGAAGUACAAGGAGAGACUCAACAAAUGCAUCACUAUGAGCAAGAAACUCCUCAUAGAGAAGAGCACCCAGGAGAAGCAGUCUUGUCGUGAGAAGAGCAUGCAGGAUCGUCUCAGGCUGGGUCACUUCACCACUGUCCGACACGGAGCUUCCUACACUGAGCAGUGGACUGACGGCUACGCAUUCCAGAACCUGGUCAAGCAACAAGAGGGUAUUAACCAACAGAGAGAGGACAUUGAGCGUCAGAGGAAGCUGCUUGCCAAGAGAAAGCCCCCCAACCCCUCCUCCUCCCCUUCACUCUCCCUAGCAACCACAUCUGAACCCAAGCAACGCAAAGCCAAGGUUGUCAACGGCAACGACCCCGACCCCUUCCUCAAACCCUCCCUGCCCCAACUGCUGACUCUGGCCGAGUAUCAUGAGCAGGAGGAGAUCUUCAAGCUGAGGCUGGGACACCUGAAGAAGGAGGAGGCUGAGAUCCAGGCAGAGCUGGAGAGGCUGGAGCGAGUGAGGAACCUGCACAUCAGAGAGCUGAAGAGGAUCAACAACGAGGACAGCUCAUCGUUUAAGGAGCACCCCACUCUGAACGAGAGAUACCUGCUGCUUCACCUGCUGGGCAGGGGGGGCUUCAGUGAGGUCUACAAGGCCUUUGACCUGUUCGAGCAGCGCUACGCAGCCGUUAAAAUCCACCAGCUCAACAAGAACUGGAGAGAGGAGAAGAAGGAGAACUACCACAAGCAUGCAUGUAGGGAGUACAGGAUACACAAGCAGCUGGACCAUCCCAGAAUAGUCAAGCUCUAUGACUACUUCUCACUGGAUACAGACACAUUCUGUACGGUUCUGGAGUUCUGUGAGGGGAACGACCUGGACUUCUACCUGAAGCAGAACAAGCUGAUGUCAGAGAAAGAAGCGCGCUCUAUCGUCAUGCAGAUCGUCAACGCCCUCCGAUACCUGAACGAGAUCAAACCCCCCAUCAUCCACUAUGACCUGAAACCAGGGAACAUCUUACUGGUGGACGGUACGGCCUGUGGUGAGAUCAAGAUCACAGACUUUGGCCUGUCUAAGAUCAUGGACGAUGAUAACUACGGAGUAGACGGAAUGGACCUCACAUCUCAGGGGGCUGGAACCUACUGGUAUCUUCCUCCCGAGUGUUUCGUGGUGGGGAAGGAGCCUCCUAAGAUCUCCAACAAGGUGGAUGUGUGGUCUGUAGGAGUCAUCUUCUUCCAGUGUCUGUACGGACGCAAGCCCUUUGGUCAUAACCAGUCCCAACAGGACAUCCUCCAGGAGAACACCAUCCUUAAAGCCACCGAGGUCCAGUUCCCUGCAAAACCCCAGGCCAGCACUGAGGCCAAGGCGUUUAUCCGGCGCUGUCUGGCCUAUCGUAAGGAGGACAGGUUUGACGUCCACCAGCUGGGGGCUGACGCCUACCUGCUCCCUCACAUGAGACGCUCCAACUCCUCCGGCUCCCUACAGACCGCCUCCUCCUCCUCAUCUCUCUCCACCUUCUGACUGGCUGACCCACAUGACUGACAGGCCCCCUGGCAAAUCCCACGGCAGGACUGAUCCUACUACAGGAAACGUGCUCACUGUAUCAAAGAGCUUUUCCAAACGGAUCAGAACUGGUGGCUGGAUGGAACUGGGAAGCGAUAGUGAAAUGGAGAGGUGGAGAUAAUGGAGGCUCCUGGUGAGGAUGUAGCACAGCCCUGUUGUAAGGAAGAGAGUUAAAGUGGAUACAGAAUGAUAGAGAGAGAAAGAGAGAAGAGAAAGAGAGAGGGUGAGUGGAGGGAGGGAGGGGAUGAAAGUGAAGGAGUAUUGUCUUGAGAGUGGGGAGAGUCAGUGGAGAUGCACCACACUGCUGGCUUGUGCUGGACUGGCCUCCCAUUGGUGGAGAGGUUCUCUAAACAGGAAGCCGGUGUUUAUUUGUCCCUCCUCCAGAGACUCGGCAGUAGCAGCCUAUCUCUCUGCCGAUAACGGGGGUCCUCCUUCCACCCCCACAGAGUUAUGGACAUGACUCCACCUAGUCUCCGAGGCUAGGUGGAAGCCUGGCCAUGGUGUCUACCUGGGAACAGAACCGACACAAGGCCUCUCCACAGCUCUAGAUAAGCUCAGUAAUGUGAACCCUAUUAUGGGACAUUCCCACUGACAAAGCUGUUGGACUGAAUAGCACUUCCUAAUCCAAGAUCAUGAUCUAUUUGGUUUCAUGGACAUAAAAUAGUCCAGGAUUAUUGUUCAUCUUUUGAGUCUCAGAACCAGAGGCAUGUAAUGUUCCCCCUGUUUUAAGUUCUUCAAGACGUAGCUAGUUGAGAAUGGCGUUGUGCCCAAGGGUGUGGCUCUAGGUGUUUGGACGGUGUGAGGAUCAUGAUAUGGGUGCUGGGUGCUUUGCUACGGUCGGAAUGAACAGCAGUGUUAUCAUCACAAUGUUGUCACGAAAUAUACAGUUUGUUGCCUGGAUUAGUAAAGGUCAAAUGAACAUGAGGAUCAACUAUAUUAACAACAGGACUCCUCUGCUGGAACUAAAUAACUCACUAAUCAGAGGUCUGUUUUCUACUGAACAUCUUCGCUUGGUCAACCUUCGGACUGAACCGCUGCACCUGGUCAAACUUCGAACCUGUUUUUCUUCUGAAGGGAAAACUGUAAAAAUAGAACAUGUCAGACAAUACAUACUAGCCUUUUUUUUUCUUCAAAGCUUUGGAUGCUCAUCUUGCAUCCCAGACUGGGCAGAAGUUUUCCUUUCCGAGCAAUGCUGUUGGCAACAAAGGCAGAAACCUUCCCCAGCUGAGCUGCACAGUGACACAACAUGCCCAUCCUAUCAUUCUCUUCAAGGUCGGACCUUCUCCGACAUUAGAAUCUCUAGGUAGAAAACGGAAGCUAACAUUGUCGAUUUGCGCAUGUUCAGUCCAUCAAAACCUUGGUUUCUCACCUUUCUUUGUUCAUUUGUGUUCUGAAAUGUGUUUUUAUUUUGCUGCUAUAAACAAUGCUUUUAGUUUGUAAAGCUGGUAUUUUAAGCUGAGGGAAUGCGUACUUAAGACCUGUGAUGAAGUACACUCCCUAGGGUCAUCUCCGAAGUGUAUACUUCCUGUUCUUUGAGAAAUAAUGAUGAUUCUGACAGAGGGAUCCCUUCAAUUCAUAAUGUAUUUGAGCGCAUCAAUGUUUUUGCAGUUGUCUUGAAAAUAUUUUAUGAAAAGCAACUGUCAAUGUAUGGAGCAACGCCCCCAUGUACUGUAUGAAGAAGAUAAAAUAUUUGAAUGACA